AUGGUUUGGCCUUUCGCAUCCGCUAACGUCGUAGACGCCAAAUAUCAAUACUUCGAGAACGCCGAUGCUGUCGGAGUUGCCAAGGCUAAUGUGUUUCUGAUCCACGGAUUAGGUGAACAUAUUGGCGUGCCUCAGUGGCAGAAAAUACUCGUUCCUACGCUUACUACGGCUGGGUUUAACUGUGCACUGUUUGAUCACCAGGGACAUGGCCGAUCACAGGGUCACACGACCGCCUAUGCACACGAUUUCCAGAACUUUGUGAACGAUACAAAGCAAUUUACAGAGAUGAUUAUGGCCAAAGAGAGUGCCGAGAUGAAGAUAUCUACUGUAAUUCUGGGUCACAGUGUGGGAGGAUUAAUUGCCUUUGAGGUUGUACGUGAGAACCCUGACCUGUAUGACAUGGCUAUUAUAAACGGAGUAGCGUUUUUCAUUGCUACCGAGUUGCUGACGCCGACUAUGAAUGUCUUGUCGACUAUUUUGUCAACUAUUGCCCCGAAGAUGGCCUUGGCUGAUGAG